CCGUCGCUUACCAACCAGGUUAUUAUAUCUUUUCAUCCAAUGAGCAGACGACAAUCAUUCUUAUUAAUUAUCAGCCAUACAUGUACAUAUAUUUAAUAGAUGGUCUCAUAUUUACGUUUAAAACUUUAUUUCUCGAUGAGUCGAACAACAACUGACAUGGAUAACGCAAGCCACGUUGAACUGAAUGACUCCAUUGAGACCACUUUUCUUCGCAAUUCGAGCAUACCAGAACCUCCUCGUUAUAUUCUGGUAAUUGCGAGUGUUUUCUAUUCAAUCACCUUCAUUGCUGGGAUCAUCUCAAAUUUAUCGGUUGUCGUCGUAGUUGUCUUUGCCAAGCGCAUUCGUUCUCGAAUGAGCGCCUUAUUUGCAAACCUGGGCAUUGCCGAUAUGAUGGUAAUACUCGUGUGCAUGCCAUCUGCUGCUAUUGAUCUUUUCGCAAAAGAGGUUUGGUAUCUUGGAGAAUUUAUGUGUAAACUGGUACCGUUUGUGGAACAUCUUGUGUCUCUUGCAACAGUGUUAACGAUUUUGGCUAUAACGUAUGACAGGUAUCGUGGGAUUUGUUUUCCUCUCAAUUCACCAUGUUUUUGGACAAAGCUUCAAGUCAAAUCAGUUAUCAUUGCCUCGUGGGCUCUCGCAGUUACAGCAAGUAUCCCUGUGGCAUUCAUUGCAAACUUUAAAGACUCGCAUUUUGUGGAUGGAACCCCGAUCAAAGUAUGUAGAAUGCCCAUAAACUCGCUAUGGAAGAAAGUUUAUAUCGUUGGACUUUUCUCAGUAUUUUUCCUUUUUGUGCUUUUUAUACUUCUAUUUUUUGUAACGCACAUGUGCAGAAAACUAAUUUGGCAUGUCCGCUUUUUGGAGAGACAAGCUGAUAAAGAAUCCGACAAAAUGGCCUCAGGAAGACGCAGGGUUAUUUACAUGUUAAUUCUAGUUAUUACAACAUUUUUUCUUUGUUUGUUGCCGCAAAGAAUUUUUGGAAUUUGGCUAAUAUUUGUUAAUCCAUCAAAAGUAUACGAGCUAGGAUUAGAAGGGUACUUGAACUUGAUCACAUUUACUCGAGUAAUGUUGUACAUCAGUAGUGCUUCAAAUCCAAUAAUAUAUAAUAUUAUGUCCAAAAAAUUCCGCCAUGCUAUAAAAGAAAUGAUCCCUUGUGGGUGUCAUACAGAAACCGAACAAAACUCUCUUGAACUUAUGAAACUUGUAACAUUUGUAAGUGUUCAGCUGUCACCAGCAAGAAGACGAGGUAAGGGAUCAGUAAAAUUUUCUACACCAAAAAGCGAUGAUAUUUUGCCAGUCAAAAUUAAAAUCAUUCGAGGGAGCGAAACGAAAACUUCUUCAUUUUAAUGUACAUUAUAUAUACAUUUGUACCAUUAGUUCUUUUGAAACCCGAUCGAUAGCGCGAUAUUUAUUUCUUCAAUGAAGAUUAGCACGUUCUGUGGCACCCAUUUUAAUCAAUUAACACUACAAGAGGAUGCCAUUCCUUUUCUAGAUCAGAAGAAAUUGGAACUGUUGUAUAAAACUUAAUUUUAAUAUGAUCGUUAGUCAGCAAACACAUGUAUAGAUAUUGGUCACUUGAAACUUUCUUUAAUUGUCAGAAGUUAGUUGUCUGUUUCCUCGAUUUGUGUUUGUUUAUGUUUUAGUUCACUUUAUACCUUCUUUAACCGCCAGAUGUUAUAAUUUAUUUUGUCUGUGUACUUGUUGUCUUAUUUAUCAUCAGUCCAUUUGAUUACAUCUGUAGUGAAACAUGUGUAGGAUAAUAAAAAUGUAUAUUCAUAACGCUUAAUGUUAUAUAACAUAACUUCUAGUGAAAAUACCAAUAACGAUAUAUUUUUCUAUUAUAACAUCGAGCAAAAAAAACAUUGAGCAAAAAUACAAAAACUAAAAAAGAAGAAAUCGCGAGUUAUCAUUGAAAUUACUCAGCAAUUUUUUAAUUAAAAAAAUGAUCAUGUACAAUUACCAAAUAAAAGUUUCAAACAUAUAUGUGACUUAAUUAUUCAUCUUUUAAAAUUACAAUUUAAUAAACUUUAAAAUAUCAGACCAUAGAACAGAAUAAUGGUCAGUAGAAAGACUUCUGCUAAAUCAAUAAGCAUUUAUAAUGUCAAUCACCGAAUAAAUAUGAUAUAUAAAUAAAGCAAAUCUCACGUUAUGUAUGUAUUUGAUAAUU